AUGCUCGCCAAAAUUCUCACCGGUGAUGAGACCCUCGGCCACGGCAGGAAUGGCUACUACCUCGCGUCGUCGGGCAGCGUCGCCUGGGAAGACAUGUACUCCUCCAUCGCGGCGGCUCUCGUCCGACGGGGCGUGAUUGCUAGCGCCGAGGUGCCGCUCGCUGACGACGAGGCGCUGGAGAGGAUGGCGCGAGGGCUGGGCGGAAUAUCAAAGGAGAUGGUGCGCGUGCAGCUCGGCGGCAAAUGUACGUUCACGGCGGAGCAUGGCGUCAGGAUUGGUUGGCACCCGCACGUAUUUUGA